AAAAACAAAAACUCUUCAGCUUCAAAAGAAGUAGCUACUAUUUUUCUCUUAACGCCAAAAAUGGAGUCUCUGUGUCCGAGUUUCGAUCUCUCGCCGGUCUCAACAAGACCUUCAAAACCUGCUUUACUUCCUCUAUUCUCUUCGCGGAAUCGAAUUUCGAGCUUAAAUAGACCUAAUAUAGCUAGAAAAUGGAGUGCAUCGUUGCCCUGUGCUUCCUAUAAUCAAACGGUUAAAACGGACUCCAAACCUCAAUCCAGCGCUCCAAAUUUAAUCAGAUCGAUCGGAAAAGGUUUCAUUGGUUUCGCUGCCGCUGCUACAGCUUUAGCUUCUCUUUGUUGCGACUCUCCGGCUUUUGCAGAGUCUCUAACUGUCGCUUUUCCUGUUUCCCGCGCUCGCGAGGUGAAUACAGUUCAAAGAACGCUUGUGGAGGCUUGGGGUUUGAUUAGAGAAACAUUUAUAGACCCAACAUUUAAUCAUCAAGAUUGGGAUUCAAAGUUGCAGCAAACUAUGGUGGAAAUGUUUCCUCUGAAUUCAGCUGAUGCUGCAUAUAACAAAAUCAGUGGAAUGCUUUCUACUCUUGGGGAUCCUUUUACUCGGAUUAUUAGUCCAAAGGAGUACCAAAGUUUUAGAAUUGGAAGUGAUGGAAAUUUACAAGGAGUUGGAAUAUUUAUAAAUAUUGAACCAAAGACCGGCCAUUUGGUUGUUUUGUCCUGUGUGGAGGGUAGCCCAGCUGCCCGUGCUGGCAUACAUGAAGGAGAUGAAUUGGUUGAGAUUAAUGGGGAAAGGCUUGAUGGUGUUGAUAGUGAAGCUGCAGCACGGAAGCUUAGAGGACGUGUUGGAACAUCAGUUACAGUAAAAGUCCACAGUGCAGGGGAUUCAACAGCUAAUUCUAAUAUCAGAGAGGUAAAUCUGCCUCGCGAGUACAUUAAGCUAUCCCCAAUAUCCAGCACCAUCAUCCCGCAUAGAACACCAGAUGGCCGUCAAACAAAGACUGGUUAUGUGAAGCUGUCAACUUUCUCUCAGACUGCUGCUGCUGAUCUGGCAAAUGCCAUAAAUGAAAUGGAAACUCAGGGUGUACGUUCAUAUAUUCUGGAUUUACGGAACAACACAGGUGGUCUGGUAAAAGCAGGACUUGAUGUUGCCCAAAUGUGGCUGGACGGGGAUGAGACUCUUGUCAACACUAUUGAUAGAGAUGGGAAUAUGUUUCCUAUCAGCAUGGUGAAUGGGCAUGCCAUAACACAUGAUCCACUAGUUAUUCUUAUCAACGAGGGAAGUGCUAGUGCAAGUGAGAUUUUAGCUGGAGCCCUGCAUGACAAUGGUCGAGCUAUCCUUGUCGGGCACAAAACCUUUGGCAAAGGAAAAAUUCAGAGUGUAACAGAGUUGCAUGAUGGAUCUGCUCUAUUUGUAACAGUUGCAAAGUAUCUUUCACCUGCGCUUCAUGACAUAGAUCAAGUUGGGAUAAUGCCUGAUGUGCAGUGCACAACAGAUAUGCUUAAUUCAUCUAUGGAAUCAUUAUUGAAGAAUAAGACUUCAGUAUCAUCUCUUGAAGCAGAUUCCUGUAUCAUGGUUGCAGAACAUGAAUUGGACAUUCAAGAACCCAGAGGCACUGCAUCUUAGAAGGUAGGAUUCUUCUACUAUUGUUAAUUUCAUUACCCAAAAAAAAAAAAAAAAAUGGAAUGUAUAUAUAUAUCUAUAUUUAUGAAGAAUGAACAAAAAAAAAUUGUCUUCAGAAAAUUGGAUGUACAGAUGUGAAGAAAUAACAAAAGAAUUGGUCAACUGCAUCUGCAUAAUCUAUGUUAGGUUAGAAAAUUACUAUAAAACCUCUAAUUGGUCUUCAGAAUCAGCAAUUUUAGUCUUUGAAGCUUGUUAAUGACCUAA